AUGGCCAUCAGGCUGGCCUUGGCGGCCGCCGUCCUGAUCCUGCUCGCCGUGGCAGCCACCGCCGCGCCUUCCGGCAGGCCACCCAAGGCGCAGGGGCCCAAGCACCACGACAAGCCCAAGCCAAGGAAGGUCAAGAUGGUGUUACGUUCGGGAAAUGAAAGGGAUGGUGCCAGUGGUUCGGGUGGCAACAACCACCGCAACAACGAGGACUCCCUUCCUAAUCCUCCAGUUCACCCAAACCUCGCGGACGUCCUGGCCCGACAAACUGAACUCAUGGCAACCAUAGUCAACCAGAUGGGCAAUGCCGGCAAUAAUGGUCCAAGAGCUGAGCCUCAAGUGAACAGGUUCGGAGAUUUCUUCCGCACCAAUCCACCCAUCUUCCGUGGCUCCAAGGAUCCUCUGGAUGCGGAUUUCUGGCUCAAUGUCAUUGAAGAGAAGUUUGGUCUUAUUGAAUGUGAGCCACAUGAGAAGCUCUACCCUUACUGUUCCGGCAAGCCGAUGGAGUGCCCCGCCGCCUGUCCCCAGUCAUGCUACGCCGACUGCAACUCCUGCAAGCCCGUCUGCGUGUGCAGCGUUCCCGGAGCCUGCGGCGACCCGCGCUUCAUCGGCGGCGACGGCAACGCCUUCUACUUCCACGGCCGCAGGGACGCCGACUUCUGCGUCCUCUCCGACCGCGACCUCCAGAUCAACGCCCACUUCAUCGGCAAGCGCGGCGACGGCAUGACCCGUGACUUCACCUGGAUCCAGGCCAUCGCCGUGCUCUUCGACGGCCACCGCCUCUACGUCGGCGCCCGGAAGACCGCCGCCUGGGACGACGACGUCGACCGCUUGGAGCUCGCCCUGGACGGCGAGCCCGUGCGCCUCCCGCAGGAGGCCGACGCCGCGUGGACGUCCAGCGCCGUGCCGGCCCUGUCCAUCACCCGCACCAAGGCGGCCAACGGCGUGCUGGUGGCGCUCGACGGCAGGUUCAAGAUCAGGGCGAACGCCGUGCCCAUCACCGAGGAGGAGUCCAAGGUGCACAGAUACGGCGUCACCUCCGACGACUGCCUCGCGCACCUUGACCUGGCCUUCAGGUUCGACGACCUCACCGGCGACGUGCACGGCGUCGUCGGCCAGACCUACCGCUCCGACUACGUGAACCGGUUCGACGUCAGGGCCGCCAUGCCCACCAUGGGAGGGGAGACCAACUUCACCACGUCCAACCUCUUCGCGGCCGACUGCGCCGUCGCGCGUUACGCACCUGCUGGUGCUGGUCACCACGACGAUGAUGGUGUUGCAAUGGUGUGACCGUGUGAGAGAGAGCUCGCUGGUAUCCGUAUCACCUGAGCCGGUGGCAUGGGCGGCGAGAAGGUGUGGUUGUGGUCUGCAAGA